CUCUCUUCUCCUUACCGUAGCAAACCUGAACCCAGAAAAAUUGUAAGGACAUUUUAGGGUUGUCAAAUAAAUCCAUGCACCAUGUCACAAACAUCAGACGUCAGUGAUAUGGACAUUUCGGAUAGUAGCGAGGAGCUUGCAAUCGCUGCUUCAGGGGGAAGGAGUACCCCGAUGGUUGCAUCCCGAAUAAACCACAUGACGCCACAACCGUUUACUGAAUCGAUGCAGCCAGCAGCCUCGGAUCCGACGACGACGCCGUGGAUAUUAAGCGAACCUUAUGGCAUUCAGCAACAGCAAAGUCAAUCAUCACAGCAACUGCAGCAGCCUCAGACUAUAGAGCAAACCACUACGCAGCCAAUGCCACAAGGCGAUUGGUAUUAUUCGCAGCAGGAGCAACAGGAAGAUUACAUGGACCUAAUGCCUUUAAUGGACGGACCCUUGGCUGUUGAUCAUGGGUUUCCGUACCUGAUUGAUCUUCGAAGCGAUGGCGAUGCCAAUAGCAGCAGUGGCAAAGGUGGUAUUUCUGAAGAUGGAAGCAAUGGAAGCGAAAGUAUUGAGGAUUUGUAUGGGCCGUUUCCGUUCAUGAAGUCUGUCAACAACCAUAUUACCGGCAGCCCGUUCGACUCGCCUCCAAACUACAAUAUCGGAUCGCCACGACCGGCUAACAACAACAACAACAACAACAGCGGCAACAACAACAAUAGCCACUUGGUGACGAAACAGCUCGAAAUUGAGCGGUUAAAGCUGAUGAUUGCUCAGCGCGAGCAGGAAAAGGCCAAACAAGAACGUCAAAUCGUCCAGCAGCAGCAACAGAUUGCGGUAUCCUCAGCAUCAUCCUCUUUCAGCAGCAACGUUGUUGCUGCUAGCACAGCUGCACCAAUCAAUAACAGCAAUGUCACCAUGGUCAACAAUGCAGUUAAGGAUACAUUCGAGUUGAAGCGAUCCAUUGACGCCAUGGAUAAGGAGAUUGAUGAAAGCAAGGCAGAGCUUGCGGCCGCGAUGGAUGAAGAAAAACAUCAUGAAGUCGCGGGUGGAGUUUCCAGAUCUCGUGGUGGUACAGUUACGGAACCGAUUUUGGUGGAUGACGAUGAAGAAGAUGACGACGACGACGACGACGACGACUACGAUUUACAAAGCAAUAAUAACUCGGCAGUGGUGUCCGGCAUUGAACGACAAAUGGAGAUUCUGCGUCAAGCUAUUGCAAAAUAUGAUUCACGGCUAAAGGGGCUGGAGAAAUCUCGAAGCGGUGCGCAGCUUAAAGCGAUGGGCUUGCAGAUAAGAAUAUCUGCAACAGAAAACAAAAAGUUCAAGGAAUCCAGAGCAGCAAGGGCAUCAUCGGCAGCAGAGUCCAAAUAUGAUCAUGCAAACGGUGCAAAAGGCAAACGGCUGAUGGAUUAUGAUCCACAUGACAUUUCGAUGGAAUCACCAAACAAACGACCCAACGCAUACGGAUUUCCGCCCAUUCCACCUAUAGUACCAUCAAUUCAACACGAUAUGCACAUGUUCCGCGCGGAUGAAUCAACUAUUCGAACGCCGGGACCGCCACUACCCUUCCAACAACCAUCACGAUAUCGCUUCCCCGAAGUUCAACAACUACCACCUAUACACAUCCAUAAACCACGCAUCGCACCGCCACCUCCACCUCCUCCUCCUCCCCCGCCUCCCUCGCCUCCCCCUCCACCACCACCACCACCGCCGCCUCGGCAACAGUCCCCACCACCGCCGCCACCUCCUCCUCCGUCUGCACCACCGAACAGAUCGUACACAACGUCGCCACCAGCGGAAGCCCAAGUUCAUCCGAUUGCCGAUGCAAUGAAGCUUGGGACAUACCUCUUAGAGCUAGAGGGCCUCAUCAAGAUCCGCUUUUUGUCCGACUCGAAAGCCAUGCAGUCUACCACAACAGACAUUCGAUUUGCUCCACGACCGUCGCGUAUGAUCACUGUGGAUGACUUUACGCUAGCUCUGGAUUCUGUGUUGUUAAGGAAAAACACAGGUUCUACACUACAAACGGAGGUUACCGAAAAUGACCUCGCAUUCGACAGCAUACUCUAUAACAUUAUCCAACGCUUCGAUACACUACCCUCAUCAAAACGGGUAAUACUUGAAAAAAUUGUUGGGAGUUUACCUGCUGAUGUUCUCCAGAUACUGGAAUUGAGACAGUACGGAAACCCAUCGUUCGUCGAUGCGAAACAGCUAGCGCAUUCAGCAGCAAAAGCACAUCCAGAUGUGGAACUCCUAUGGGGUUUAUUUGCCGAACUAUCACUGUAUUGCCACGGACCCACAAGCCCUAAUUUCAUGAACGAGAUAUCAUCCAUUAAGGGCUCUAUACCCCUCGCAACAGAUGUGAUUUGGCAAAUGGUACGCGCAUCUUCCACAGGGCAACAAAAGCGUACCAUCGAAUCCCUCGUGAAAGAUUUGGCCAGACGUAGAGCGGCUUCACAAAAUUCAGAGGAAGUAAGGACGAUAUCUGGAAUCACCACAGAAAUUCUAUUGAGGGUCCUACGCUUUUUCGGUUUCGAGUUCCUUCUGUAUCUGUUGACCGGAAACAAAAUCAGCGAUGGAUUGCUUAUCAAAAAUGACACGGUGGACAUCUUUUCGCUUGAAACGGCACAGCUGGAAGACCACGAUCUCUAUGUCGUAUGGAUGACAUUACUGUACUAUCUUUUGUUCCGACGGAUGCCAGAUUCAAUAUGUCGCCACUGGUAUGCCAGCCUGUUGACGAAUGGAAAACCGUCCACCAGCAAGCCCAUGUUUACGAUCGACUGGACGGCCACAGCAGCACAGAUGCCUCUGUCUCGACAAGAACAACUCACCUCGCUGAACGUGCUGUUAUCGAUGCUACGUCAUCUCAGCAAAAAGGCGCGUGGCAAUGGAGCCAAACGUCCGCUCUUGAUGGGCGUAUGGCAAACUUUACUGAACCUGCUGACGCACUGCGAGUGUUACAAGAGGGCAGGCACCCUGACAUUGCUUCGAGGAGGAUUGGACGUCGAGGCACUGCAGCCCGAGAUAUACGACAUGGCAGCGUAUCUUGAAACACAAAUGGGUGAUCGCAUGGGUGCUUUACAACGACUCCAAUCCCACAUGACACGACUCUCAAUGAGCCACCAAUUUCUGCUGGCAUACCGUUCAGCGCACAACAUAGGGCUCACGCAAGCAAGUUCACAUGCCGACAUGAAAGAAGCAGCACGACUUGUCCGGAUGCCAAUGGAAGCCGUAUUCAAAUUGUCAGAUAUACCAUCAGAGCAAGAACAGCAAGAGGAUAUUGUGUACAUUGAUUUUGUACGAAGACUAUACCUUAGUGCUCUUGGUCUGGACCCCACCCCGCCCGCACCGACGAAAAAGUCAUUCAAGAGCAACAUACGGCAUUCGACGUUUGCUUGGAUCAAUUUGAUGUUCCUCACGCAGAUCAGCAUGUGGAUCCACUCUGAACUUAUGCAUGCCAUGUUUGUCAACCAGCUGGAAAGUGCCCGUGAUUGGGCGAUGGAUGCUGUCAAGUCGGACGAGGCAAACUUGUUAAUUUUUAAAUAUGCAAGUGAAUGCUUGCGUUCUGAAAAACAAGCAUCAUGAUAAAAACGUAACAAACAAACAAACUAAACGACAACCAUUGUCCAC